AUGUGUUUUGGUAAAAGUCAGUAUGAAAAACUAAUACAACCAAUUAUUAUCGAUGAUGAAAUCUAUCACCAUUACGAUGUAUCGCAGUUGAAUUCACAAGUUUUCAGUCAAUUGCCUUACUGUAUUCGUUUAUUGUUGGAAUCAACUGUCCGUAAUUGUGAUGAUGUUUUAAUUUUAAAAGAACAUGUUGAACAAAUAUUAAACUGGACAAACGGCGAAGAUGGAGGAAAAUCAGUGGAAAUACCAUUUAGACCUAGUAGAAUUAUUAUGCAAGACUUCUCUGGUUUACCCGCUAUCAUUGAUUUGGCUGCUAUGCGUGAGGCUGUUGUUAAACUUGGAGGAGAUGCAAUGAAAAUUCAUCCAGUCUGUCCGACAACUCUCUUAAUUGAUUAUAAUCUAGAAGCAGAUGUAGCGAGAAAAAUUGUUCGAAAAACUUCACCAAAUCAAAAUACUGAAUAUCCUUCAACACUAAUACCUGUGGAGAAUGAUACAAAUUCACGUAUACAUUUAGAAUGUGGUUAUGAAAUCUGUCCUUUUCAUCUGCAACGAACUAUUUGUGCCAACGCUUUAGAGAGAAGUCAACAACUUGAGUUUGAGAGAAAUAUUGAACGAUUACAAAUUUUGAAGUGGAGUGCAAAAGCUUUUAAAAAUUUGUCUGUUGUUCCACCUGGCAUUGGAAUGUGUCAUGAAAUAAAUUUGGAAUACAUAGCGAAAAUAGCUGUGUUUGAUGACUGUAAUAAAUUUAUUUAUCCAGACACAUUAAUUGGCACAGAUUCACAUACCACGAUAUCAAAUGGAUUUGGUGUUCUUAGUUAUGGUGUGGGUAGUAUUGAAGCCGAAUCAGCCAUGUUUGGUCAACCAAUAAAAAUUGUCUUAUCUUCUGUGGUUGGCUACAAAUUGAUCGGACAACCACAUUUUAUGUCCACAUCCAUUGAUCUUAUAUCAGCUAUUAUUAAACACAUUCGUCAAGUUGGUAUAUGUGGAAAAUAUGUGGAAUUUUUUGGUCCAAGUAUAUCAUAUUUAUCCGUAUCGGAUCGUUCAUCUAUAGCAAAUCUUUGUGCGGAUAUAGGUGCAUUACUCUGCUAUUUUCCACACGAUGAACUAAGUAUUAAACAUUUUGUGAGAACAGGUCGUGAUGAAAAGUUAUUUGAGAAAAUAAAAACUUAUCUUAUCCAAGCUAAAUUAUUUUCAGUCGCAAAUGAUCAAUCAGAAAUUGUUUAUACACAAGUUUACGAACUUGAUUUAUCUUCUGUACUUCCAAAUUGCAGUGGACCAAAACGACCACAAGAUAAAGUCACUUUAAAUGCAAUGAAAUCGGAUUAUUUAGAAUGUUUAGUGAAUCCACCUGGUUUCAAAGGAUUCAAUCUUCCCUCUAGUCAUUUGAAUUGUUCAGUAACAAUUGAUCAAUCGAUAACUUUAAAACAUGGAUCAAUUGUUCUUGCUGCUCUAACAAGUUGUACAAACGCAAGUCAUCCAUCAGCUAUGUUAACUGCAGGAUUAUUAGCAAAGAAAGCUAUUGAAUCUGGUUUAAUAAUUCAACCUUAUACACAUACAACAUUGUCACCGGGAAGUGGUUUAGUAACAACUUAUCUUCGUGAAAGUGGUGCAAUGAAAUAUCUUGAACAAUUAGGCUUUAAAAUCGUCGGUUAUGGUUGUACAGAGUGUAUUGGUAACGAUAAUGCAGAUGGGAUUAAACUGAAUGUAAAAGAAGCUGUACAAUAUGUGAGAAUUAAUAUUAAUAAUUUGAUUGUUGCCGGAAUGUUUAGUGGUAAUAAUCGAAAUAAUUCACCUCGAACAAAUAGUGUAAUAAAAGCAAAUUAUCUAACAUCGCCACCAGUUGUCUUAGCUUAUGCACUAGCUGGAACAGUUAUUAUUGAUUUUGAUAAUGAACCAAUAGGUUAUACAAAGGAAAUUGAUCCAGUUUACAUUAAAGAGAUUUGGCCAACUCGAGAAGAAAUUGAAACUAUUGAAGAAGAAUAUAUACUGAAACAUAUGUUUCAAUUAACUGACGAAAUUAUACAUAAAGGAAAUCACCAAUGGAAUUCAUUAAAAACACCGGAUAUGGCUCAGUAUCCGUGGGCGGAAUAUUCAACAUACAUUAAAUGUCCACCAUUUUUUGAUACAAUAACAUCCACUCCUCCAUCGUUACAAUCGAUUGAAAAUGCGCAUGUAUUAUUGUAUCUGGGCGAUUCUGUUACCACUGAUCAUAUUUCACCAGCUGGAUCCAUAGCUCGAAAUACAUCAGCAGCCAAAUAUCUUUCACUGAAAGGCGUUGUUCCACGUGAUUAUAACUCGUUUGGUUCUCGUCGAGGUAAUGAUUGUGUGAUGGCGCGUGGUACAUACAAUCAUUCACGUUUAGUCAAUAAACUUGUACGAUCUAAGUCAAAUACAACUUCUAUUACAACAGUUUAUUUACCAACGGGAGAGGAACUUGAUCUAUAUGACGCUGCAGAAAAAUAUCGUCGUAAUGGUGAAUGUGUAAUUGUCUUAGCUGGAAAAGAUUAUGGAUGUGGACCGCCAAGAGAUUGGGUAGCAAAGGGUCCAUGGAUGUUGGGUAUUCGAGCAAUAUUAGCUGAAAGUUUUGAACCUAUUCAUCGUAACAAUCUGAUUGGUAUGGGUAUACUACCGUUACAAUUUCAAGAUGGGGAUAAUUGUUCAAAAUUAAAUCUUAGUGGAAAAGAAAAGUAUACAAUUCAGUUGUCGAAUGAUAUCAAAUGUAAACAGUUAGUUAAUAUAACGCUUCACACGGGUAGAUCAUUUUCAAUGAUUGCUCGAAUUGAUACACAAGCUGAAUUAAUAUAUUAUAAAAAUGGUGGCUUAUUAAAUUAUGUUUUAAGAGAAAUGGCAUUCAAAGACAAGUGUGAAUGA